AUGCGAUCGGUGGCCGUGCUGCACGGCCUCCAAGGUGUCUUUGGCGCCAAGCCGACGGAGGCGCCGUCGCAGGCAGUGGUGCCCAAGGAGGCGACAAGUGCGCUCCCCGCCAGGGUCGAGCAAGAUCUGCGCCUGCGCCGCCUGCAGGCCAUGUGGCAGCUCUUCGUGCAAGGCUUCGAGCUCAUCAAGUACCCAAACAAAGGACGCCCGCGAAAGCGCAUUUUGUGGCUCACACUCGACGGCAAGCUCUGUGUCGGCAAGGCCAAGUGCGCGAAGGACGCCAAGAAGUUUGUCUAUCUCUGGGACAUCGAGCAGUUUGCGAAGGGCUGCAACGCGCCGCAGUUUGCAGAGACGGGCUCGUGGCGCGAAUCCAAAGGCCGCGAAAUGCUCUCCUUUUCGAUCGACGCGCGUCUGCAAUGCGGCAACGUGCGCAGCUUUGCGCUGCAAGUCGCGUCCAACAAGGUGCGCAACCUCGUCUGCGAGACCGGCGACCAGCUCGUCCAAGCGCUCCGCGGAGACGCCGACGGCGAGUACCCCAAAGCCGCGCGCAUCAAGAUCGCAAAGCACUAUGCUUGCACGGGCGAGAUCCUCACGCUCUCGGAAAUCCGCCUCGUCAUGAUGCGCGAAGGCUCCGAGCUCGGCACGCUCCUCGACGACAAGGACGUCGAGAUCGUGGACGACAACGCGGAUGACUCGCCAUCCGACGACGAGUAG